UGGUUAUAACCCCGUCAGACACACAAACAACAGAUACAACAUCGCUAACAACCUAUUCGACACUCACAACGCGUCCUGAGAUGACAACGGGUCUGGAAGACACCGACACAACUUUGACAACAACGACAUCUAUAAAGCUGGGUGCCGGUGUGGGAGGAUCAUUUCUGUUAAUAACUAUCAUCGUAAUCAUCGUCGUUUUCGUCAAGUACAAACGGAGAAAGUUGAAAAGGGACGCGCCUGCUUCUGUACAACAAAUGGCAUCCAUGGAUGUCGAAGAUAAGAAGAACAAUGAAUACCAUUCCCACAAAGACGCUCCAAUACCAGAUCCUGCAGCUCUGUAUGCAAUUUCAGACCUUUCAGCUAACAGCUCCUCAAACAAGUUUCGAACCGAUGCAUCGCCGGACCAAACAGCUGACCUUUCUUUGCUUUACGCCUUGCCAUACGAACAAACUGCCAUGAACGCGGCCGAUGUGGGGGCGCUGUAUGCGGUGUCAAAUAUGAAAAAAGCUAAUCACGUGACGAGCGAUGGCGUCGGAAUGCAUGCGCCACUAGAAGCAUAUGACAUUAAUGCGGAUGCUGAUGAGGACAAUACUGUGAUGAUAGAAAACGAGAUUUAUAAUUGUUAGUAAUUCAGUUUAUUAGCAAAUGCUUCUA